AGCUAUUCAUUGUUUCCCCCUUUUGCUUUAUUUCCAGCUUUUCGUUUUUCUUUGUUGCUUUUUCUUGAUUUUGUUGGGGGGUUCGAUUGUUGAAGUUGAUAUUUUGAUAUCUUUCUAGGCUUGUGUGGGAGAGAUAUGUGGUGCUGGUUUGUUGAUGUGAGUUAAAGGUGGUAGCUUUAUUGGUAUUCGGUGAAUUUAAUUUUGUUGCUGUUGGUGAAAUUCAUCUAUUUUUAGGAUUUGGGUGUUUGCCUUUUAAGUUGAACAUGAUUUGGAAGAUCUCGGUGGAAAUACAUCUGUUGAUUUCCUGCUGUUUUUGGUUCUGAUUGAUAAGUUUUACCUGUUGCUAGUUUAUUUGGUGCACGGUUUUCGGAUUUUAGUGAGAUUUUCAUCUCGUAACUGGUUAUUUUGUUUUGAAGCGUACUCAUGGACUCCCCUCAAUCGGUUGUUUCACCACUCAAGAGCUCUUUCCCUGAGUCCGAGAAACAGCAUAGCAAUCUUUUGGCAGAAAAGUCGAGCCUCUUCUCAAGGGAAAUCAAUUUCCAGAGGAAGGGAAGUGCAGUGGGUAACUUGGAGGAGUUCCUAGGUGCUCUGGAGGUGUACAUACACCAAGCUAGGGAUAUUCACAACAUUUGCAUCUAUCAAAAACAAGAUGUUUAUGCUAAACUUUGUGUGACUAGUGAUCCUGAGAAGACAGUUUCCACCAAAAUCAUCAAUGGCGGUGGGGCAAAUCCUAUUUUCAAUGAGAAUGUCAGUCUCAAUGUUCGCAAAGUUAAUUCCUCCCUUAAAUGUGAGAUAUGGAUGCUAAGCAGGGUGAGGAAUUAUCUUGAAGAUCAGCUUCUUGGGUUUGCUUUGGUGCCUAUAUCUGAAGUACUCCUCCACAAUGGUAAGUUGGAAAAGGAGUUCUCUCUUUCCUCAACUGAUCUCUUCCACUCACCCGCAGGAUUUGUUCAGUUGUCCGUCUCUUAUAUUGGAGUGCCGCCUGAAGUCAUUCCAAUCCCGGCACCACCCACAUCUGUGGAGACUGAUUCAAUGACCAGGGACACCGAAUCUAUCAAGUCUGUUCCUGAUGAUAUGGAUAAGAUCGAGUUCCCUGACCCAAAUGUUGCAAACGAGAAUCACCAGAUGGUCGAAGAAUAUUUUGGGAUGCCAUGUAGCAAUGUGGACUCACCAAGUUCAGACAGCCUGGUCAGUUCUGAUACUGAAAAUCAGGUAAGCUCCGAGGUUGAGGUCCAGCAUGGAGAAAGUUUCUCGAUGGGAACUGGAAGCUCGAGACCAUCGCUGAAGGUUGAUUCUCCUCCAAGCAGCGUAUCAACAAAUGGAGGUUCAUCUGCGUCAGCUCCUGUGAGUUUUCAAUCCUCUGAGACUCCGAAAGAUUCAAAAUCUCUGGGUGAGGAACUUGUUUCACCUCCUAAAGGAAAAUCCAAGGAAAAAACUGAAAACGGCGCAGAUGCUGACAGCAAUGCAUCUGGUGGGGUGUCGAGUGAUACAUUUGCAAAGCCUGCUGUCACGGUGCCAGAGCCGAAGGUGGUUCAGCAGGACAUAGUGGAUAUGUACAUGAAGAGCAUGCAGCAAUUUACUGAAUCCCUAGCUAAAAUGAAGCUUCCUAUGGACUUUGAAAAUGGGCCUACGAGCUCGGAGAAUUCCACGAGUUCUGAGCAGAAGACUCCUGGAUCGAAGAACUCAGGCUCUCGAGUAUUUUAUGGAAGUAGAGCUUUCUUCUGAGCAGUUAUUGAGGUUCCCAGGAUACACAGGUGACUUUAGUGAUUAGAAUGGAGACUGAUGCUAAUAGUAGCAUUUUAAGUGUAAUGUAACCUGGUGUUGUACUUUAUCUGGCUAUGUAUUAGAUGAUCAAAAAAGAUACUGACUUGUAUGUUGUAUCAGUCUUUUGUCAUCUGAGUUACUUGUAUUGUACAUUGGAGACCUCGGCUCUUUAAUCUCACCACUUCACUCUUAGUCUGCUA